CUAACUGAUCUGCAAUGAAAUGCUGGAGUAAUUCAUAGAAUUCAAUUUCCAGCCUCUUAUUGAAAAGGCAAUGGCUACAAAUGUCAUUGUACUUCCAAACUGGAUAAAGUGAUAAACCCUUAUCGUUGAGUUGCUUUACUCUUAUCUUCAUUGACUCACAUUUCCCCUGCAAAGUACAUCUCAGGCCUCUCACCUCAGUUGGUUAGAAAAUGUCUACCCUUUCAUCUUUCACCAUAUCCCCAACUUUCUUGCACAACCCCAGAAAUAGAAACAGAAAUUCCUCAAUUCAACUUCCAAACUUGUCUCUUAAACCACAAACAGCGCGAGUAUGCUUAUCCACGAGAAUGAAUGCCGUUGAGGAAGAAGAAAUUUCAGUCUCUACAGCGGACCCCUCUUCGGAAGCCGCCAGGCGACUUUACAUUGGUAACAUUCCUCGCACACUCAAACCCGAUGAGCUCCGUAAAAUCGUUGAAGAGCACGCCGCCGUCGAGAAAGCCGAGGUUAUGUAUGAUAAGUACUCCGGAAGGAGUCGUAGAUUUGGGUUUGUUACGAUGACAACAAUUGAGGAUGCAAGUGCUGCUGUUGAAAAGCUUAAUGGCACUGAAAUUGGAGGUCGUGAAAUCAAAGUAAACAUAACUGAAAAGCCAUUGUCUUCUGUGGGUUCGUCACUUCUCCAAUCGGAUGAUUCCAAAUUUGUUGACAGCCCUCACAAAGUUUAUGUUGGUAAUCUAGCAAAAAGUGUAACUUCAGAGUCGCUCAAGAACUUCUUUUCUGAGAAGGGAAAUGUUUUAAGUGCAAAGGUUUCCCGGGUUCCAGGGACCUCAAAGUCUAGUGGAUAUGGUUUUGUUUCAUUCUCUUCUGAAGAGGAUGUGGAAGCUGCAAUAUCAUCUCUAAACAAUGCGCUGCUUGAUGGACAGAAGAUUCGUGUAAAUAAAGCAUAAAACAUAACACACCGUGCACUUAACCAAAUGCCAUGGAGAUUUGGUAUUUUUGUUGGAAGCAGAGUCAAGGAUCAAGUUGAGACAUUUAUAGGCUUUAGAAGGUUACGUCCUUCUUGAGCUUCGUUGAUUUGGUAUUCAAAGAGCUUCAACAUACUGAAUACUCGUAGUUGCUUUGCUUAUUGGGCUGAGAUGAAAAUUGUUGUACAUGAUCAUUUUCUGACAUUUGAUGUUGUGGCUACAACUUUACCACAUCACUUCUUACAAUUUCCUAUUUUAACAAUUUGUCAGCUGAUUGUUACUUUCUAAGUUUCAUAUAAAGGGCCAGCUCGCCGCAUGUUGAGAUCUUGGUUUGGAUCAUAAA